GACGUCUCUCAAUGAGUGGGUCAGUCAAAAAUUGACAUCCGGAACUUUCUCUUUCCAGAACAAACAAAUUUGCUUUUUUUGCCCAAAAACCAGGGAAAUCUUUCGUGUUUCACAUCGUAGAGUCCUCAGAGACAUUGCAGAGGACACGUUUGUGUAGAAAUCUUUUGGUAAAAAUGGUUUAUUCAAGUGUUGUACGAAGUGCAAUCCCAAAGCGAAUUCCCACGAUAAAGUUCCGAAAGGGUGGCGGAAAUGGAAUUUCAUCGGCAUCUGAGGGCUUCCUGGCAGCAUCGGCAGCUGCAACAAAGACCUCAGCGGGGAAUCAGAAUGCAACCAUUUCGAGGCCUACAAUUGAGGAUUGGCAACUGCCACGACGCUACUGGCGCAAGGAGCUCGAUGACAAGGAGAUAGAGUACAUCAAUCGUGGUGGACCUGAGUAAGACAACAAUCCAGUGGUAGAGUGCGGUGGAAAAUAUCCUGCGUUAAUCCACAAUCCCGGAUGCCCGGGGGUGGUAGCUGCUGUAAAUGUGACAUUUUUGGGGGUUUGGCUCCCUCCAGGGGUCAUCUAGUCAACCGGAGCAAUGGGUGGGGAUGCGUAGGAACCUUGAGAAUCUUGAGUAUCACAUACUUUGUUGAAAUUAUGCCCCAAAUAAAUGUAAAUAAGUAAA